AAAAAAAGGCGGGUCGAGAAGAACACAAAAUUGAAGUAUUGGGAAAUGUAUCAUCAAAUCAUCAUAGGAUUAUAAGAUUGGCCGUCACGUCUUAACUCGCCUAUAAAAAUAAAAUCAAUACACGGUCACUCUCAUUCAUGAUUCAACGACUCGUAAAUCUUAAGGAGAGGACAAUUUCGUCUUCACACAAUACAAAACACAAACAAACAUAAAUUCAACAAAGAAAAAGGGAAGAAUUCUAAAUUGCUAAAGAACCUACAAAUGGCAAAAAGAAAAAAACUUCCCAAUUCUCUGAUUUCAAUACAUCAAGAUAAAUGGGCGACAAUCACUAUAAAAAUCAUAGAGAAAUACCCAAUUGAAUUUUGAUCAAAACCCAGAAAAAAAGUGAUGAUUUUUUACGACAUUGAUUCUUUCUCAAUCUUCUCUCUCCUCAUUUUCUUGGUGUCUCUGCUACAACCUCAAUACUCUUAAAGAAAUGGAGGAAGUAAAUAAAAUUCUGUACAUAGUAGUGGUUGAUGAUGAAGAAAAUAAAAAGAAAUAUGUUGGGAAGGAGUCAUUCCGUUAUACCAGUUCACUUCUUCAGAGCACGCUGCAACUCAUGGGAUGUAAACCUCGUUAUGCUAAGAAGAUUAGUAAGAGGGUAUUUGGAAGUAUGCAAAGUCAAAGCUCUGAGGACGGCAAGGACAGUUUAGGAAGAUUAACGGCCAAUGCUCCAGGUAGAUGCCUAGUUAAAUCUGGAGAGAAAAAAGGAAGUAAGAAUAUGUCUUCUGAAUCGUACAAAAGGCGGACGACUGUGUCCAUCAGCAGGGAAAAGUUCUUAGGCCUUGUAUGUGAUGCUCUUACCGAAUAUAAAUACAUAGGUCCUAACCAGAGGGAAGAUUUGAUUUUGGCUUGCAGGAUUCGUGAAAGGAAGGAAUCUCUAACUGUCCUGUUGUGUGGUACUAGUGGCUGCGGAAAGUCAACACUGUCUUCAAUACUGGCUAGCAGAUUGGGUAUCACAACUGUCAUAUCCACGGAUUCUAUCCGGCACAUGAUGAGGAGCUUCGUGGAUGAGAAAAAGAACCCAUUGUUGUGGGCUUCAACCUAUCAUGCAGGAGAGUGUUUAGAUCCUGUUGCUGUUGCAGAAGCAAAAGCGAGAAGGAAGGCUCGAAAAAUGGCUGGACUGCCGUAUGCGAUUUCUAAAGAUGGAAUGAGUGAUUGCAUUCAAACCCAGAAAUUUGAUAGACUGCAGCCUGAGGCCGUUGCAAACAGUACUGAACAUAACAUAAGUCCAAAACAAAUGGCUAUUGAAGGAUUUAAAGCCCAAAGUGAAAUGGUGAUUGAGAGUCUCGAACGUCUUAUUACCUCAUGGGAAGAGAGGAAAGAAUCAGUUAUUAUCGAAGGGGUACAUUUAAGUUUAAAUUUUGUGAUGAGGCUUAUGAAGAAACAUCCUUCUAUAGUGCCUUUUAUGAUAUACAUAUCAAAUGAAGAUAAACAUUUGGAAAGGUUUGCUGUUCGUGCAAAGUACAUGACCUUGGACCCUUCGAAAAAUAAGUAUGUAAAAUAUAUCCGGAACAUUCGGAGUAUACAAGAAUAUCUAUGCAACCGAGCCGACAAGCAUCUUGUGCCAAAAAUCAACAACACGAACGUAGAUAAAAGUGUGGCAGCGAUCCAUGCAACGCUGUUCAGCUGCUUAAGGAGGCGUGAAGCUGGGGAGCCACUUUAUGAUUCUGGUACCAACACUGUGAGUAUCCUUUAUGAGGAAUACAGGAACCAGUGUGCAGCACAUUCUUGGAGCUCAAAAGGGAUAUUUCAGUUGAUUCAAAGGAAGGGAUCUUCAAGGCAUCUGAUGGCCUUUGUCAACGAUGAUGGCUCUAUUGCUAAAACUUGGCCAGUUGAUUCUAGUGAUGGCUGUGGAACACCAAUGUGUAGAUCUUUGCAAAUUGGGAAGGCAGAGCCUGUGAACAUUCAGUUUGGUCAUUUUGGUAUAAGUGCUUGGCCAAGUAAUACUGGGGGAACCAGUCAUGCAAGUAGUUUUGAUGAUUCUAAGACUGAUUGGACUUUUACUGAGACUAGUAGUAGAUGUUACUCUUCUUGCUGCAGCUCUCCUCGGAUGCUUGAUGGACCAGCUAAGUGGGUGAAGGAGGAAUUAUCAGUUUCUGGCAGUGAUGAAGAGGUUGAUGAUCACCCCGAGGUAGACAGUGAUGAUGAUCUUAGUGACGGGGACAAACAUACUCAUGAAGAGAUUGAAGGAUCCGUUGCUGAGGAAUCAGCAAAGUCAGAUGAGGAGUAUGAUGACCAAGAGAACGUUUACAACGACGAGGAGUACAAAGAUAACUUAUCAAAAUUUUUGUAUAAUAACAACAAAGGCGACAAAAUUUCUCCCACACUCGACAUGUUUUUGAGAUCUCAGAGCGAGCCUUUAUCUGAGCAGAAUGGCUCAAGCUCUUCUUUGCUUCAGGAGAGAGGCGAGGUGAUAAUGAUGUCGCAUCUAAGCCACAUUAGAACGAAGAAACACUCUUUCAGUAAGCGUAGUAGUACUGCAGCUGAUACUCUAAUGUGACUUGUUUCUGGAGCCUCUUAAAGGGUAGAAGACCAGCUUUGUUAAUAUAUUCAGUUGUUGGGAUCAUAUGUUUCAAUUUGUGUUCCAUCUUAUGUUUCACAUUCCCUUAAUAUUGAUAGAUGAGCAUUCUAAAGUUAAAUACAAUCAUAGGUGAGACUCGACGGAGAAAUUUAAUUGAUGAACAUGUGAAAAGGGGGGCAAUACGAUAAACAUGUGGGUCCCACACAAUUUUCCCCCCUUGUUGACGGAUGAACAAAAACGGGGUGUCGCGUCGUGUCCGAUACGACACUUUAUUUGGAUACUUCAUUUUAAACUAAAACUGCAAAAUAGCCGAGUCGGAUACUUGGACACUCGUAUCCGAAUAGACACUCAAUUCGUGUCUGAGUAACAUAGCUUUUUAUUCUUUAUUUGUUUUGGCUAGUAAGAAUUGAUGACAAAAUUAUGUAAUGGAAGUUGAUUUGCAAUU